CCGGAAUAUGAGCGCCACUCGCACGCACCGGAGCGUCUGGAUCGCAGGAACGGAGGCGAGGAGCCCGGCACAGGGCCAGAGUAUGGGGUGAUGAGGACUCUCCUCUGCUGACCUCAAUGCAGAUGACCAGUGAUGGCCACAGCAUCACCUCAACAUUUGAUGGAUAACGUAAUAAACACGGGACAACAACAACAGGAACAACAGCAGCAGCAAGAAUUCUUGAGCUCACUGGCGACGAUUGUUCUCACCAUCUUCCUCUCUAUCAUCAUAAUCAUGACAGUGUUCGGCAACCUGCUGGUCAUGGUGGCGCUCUGCAAGGACAGACAUCUUCGGAAGAAGAAGACCAACUACUUCAUUGUGUCGCUGGCGUUUGCUGACUUGCUGGUUGCUCUCGUUGUGAUGCCCUUUGCUGCAAUUGAGCUGACCACCGGCGAAUGGCGGUACGGAGAGAUCUUCUGCCUCGUCCGAACAUCUCUGGACGUCCUGUUAACUACAGCAUCCAUCCUGCACCUCUGCUGCAUUGCACUAGACAGGUAUUACGCUAUCUGCUGCCAGCCGCUGGUAUACAGACAUAAGAUGACCCCGGUGAGAGUGGCAGUGAUGCUCAGUGGCUGCUGGCUCAUCCCCACAUUCAUCUCCUUCUUACCCAUCAUGCAAAGCUGGAAUGCAAUCGGCAUUGAAGACAUUAUUGAGGAGAGGCGAGCCUUGACAGGAGGCUCCAACGACACAAGCUGUGUGUUUCUGGUCAACCAGCCUUACGCCCUGAUCUGUUCUGCAGUGGCUUUCUAUGUCCCGCUGGCCCUCAUGGUCCUGGCCUACCAGCGUAUCUACGUCACUGCCAUGACCCAUGUACGACAGAUUGAGACACUGCAGCGCGCCGGCUCUGCUCCAGUUACUGGGGUGGCUCCAGUCAUCACUGUGAGGUCCUCCACUUCCUCAGAUCCCUCAGACCACUACCGUCCUAGGACAACAAUGGGUUUCUCCUCUUCAGAGCAGGCUCCUAUAGUGAACAGCCGCAUGCGUGUUGAGACUAAGGCGGCAAAAACGCUGGCGGUUAUAAUGGGUUGUUUCUGCCUCUGCUGGGCACCGUUCUUCAUUACCAACGUGGUGGACCCCUUCAUUCACUACUCGGUGCCCUGGCAGCUGUGGACAGCUUGGCUGUGGCUUGGGUACAUUAACUCAGGGUUGAACCCCUUCCUAUAUGCCUUUCUGAACCGGGCGUUUCGGAGGGCAUUUCUGGUGAUCCUCUGCUGUGGGGAUGAGCGGUACGCACGGCAUGGGAGCUGCCCCUAUAGACAAACCCACAGAGCGCACGCUGCCGCGUCAGUCAACGGGACUUCUAUGGCACUGAGGUUGUCCUUCCUGCCAAACCGGAGCUACAGCGACAAUGGGCGGACGAUACUGGCCAACGAGCAUGAGUCCCAGGACUCCCUCGGAACUCUAUGAGGAAGAGGACCUUAGAGUUCUCGGCCUCUGUAAUCUCAACAGUCUGCUGUGAUCUGACCUGACUGGAUCAUUUAUGAGGAUGUCUAACGUGGAUGUCCACUCUGUGACCCAGCAUCAUCAUUUUAUUUGACUUAAUAUGUAUAUUGAUGCUGUCCAGGGUAAUUCAAAUGUUAGUGGCACUACUCCUGGUCAUCAGCCAAGUGCAGAACUCUAGAACUCUAAAGGAGAAAAGUGAAGCAUAUUGGUGCAGAAGUAUUGAUUAUAGACUACUUGUGUCCAUGGACUGAAACACAAUGCCAAUAUGUUUCCAGGCUGGCUCUCAUUCUAAAAUCUGAGAAAGAACUUCUCAGUCCAACAUCUGGAUCGAAGGAUAGGAUCACAGAGCAAACUACAAGCCAAAGUCUGACUAACGAGAUGGGAGAAGCAAGAGGUCUCUGCUGCGUUUAAACCUCUCCAAUGACAUUCCAUCGUGGCAUCCUUUGGUGCCACGUUGCAAAGGAAAAACAAGGUAUAACAGAGCUAACUGCCGGCUGGUCACACAGGUGACCUCAGGUCUUUUAGAUUAAAGUGAUUAGAUUGUAUUCUUACCUUUUACCACCACCAAUUGUCUUUAAUAGGACUCUUCAACAAAGACAGUAUUCUGUAACUGCUGGAUGCAAUAUAAAAAAUGGACAUUUUUAUUUUUGUACCCGUCAUUUUCUAUUCAGUUUUGAAAUAGCUGUAAACAAAACACCAAAGACUGAGAAUUUGGAAAUGAAAAUUCAUUUUAUUUCUUAACAGACAGGCAUUUUGUGAUAAAAUACAGCAUCAUAAAAACUGUUUGUUAAAUGGUGAUGAAACACUAACCAACUUUGUGUUUUCAAGGCACAUAAAAUAUUGUUGUGUUUACCUCUGUUUUUGAAAGUUUCAAAUCUGUUGCCAUCUCUGACCACAUCCAACAAUGAUGGUGUGUUGUAGUGCAGCUCUACAUCACUGCAGCAAGGUGGAAAUUUUAAUUUCCAGUGUUAAAAUCAGUCUUUAUAGGCUUUAUC